ACGGAAGCAUCGCCACCAUCCAGCCAUCAUGCUAGCCGAAGACUGAAACUAGCUUUGCGAACUCAUGCAGUGACAACUCGGGUAAUGUUUUUUUAGGAGUGUAGUUUGGGCUUUGUUUUCAUGGGCACUGAGCUAUAGAAUGGAAUCGACAGCUUGUGUAUGAAGGUCGCUGUUUUCUUCGCCAAGAGGACCGGAUACGGCAGCUGUCUCGGUUAACUAGCCAGCAAGCUAGCGCGGCCAUCACGAGCAGCACAACAGAGCCACCGAGCCACAAGUCGGCGUUUCGACGUUGGAGAUUUCUACCGUCAUCAUGGAGAAGGCCGAUUUCUUGAAAGGACUGCCCGUCUACAAUAAGAGCAACUUCAGCAGGUUUCAUGCAGACUCUGUCUGUAAAGCAUCUAAUCGCAGACCCUCUGUGUACCUUCCAACACGUGAAUACCCGUCUGAACAGAUUAUUGUAACGGAGAAAACCAACAUCCUCCUGCGUUACCUUCAUCAGCAGUGGGACAAAAAGAAUGCAGCAAAGAAGAGGGAACAGGAACAAGGUGAGGGCGACAGCCCAGCACCCCCGAGGAAGAUCGCCAGGACAGACAGCCAAGAGAUGAAUGAAGACUCAUAAGUGUGUGUGUGUGUGUGUGCUUGUGAGAGAGUGUGGGUGUGUGUGUUUGCAUAUGCAGGGUAUAGCCAACAAAAACAAAGGAUAAUCCGACCUAAGUAAGGACUUCUUACUUAGGUCUACACGAUCUACACGAUGGCAGCACGCCUUUCCUGGCAUGACAUGAGGUCAUCCAUAGAGAGUUCGGGGAAUUUCCAUCGACAAAGCAGCCAUUAUGGUGUAAAGAUCAUGUGCAUGAAAAUGAUGUAAGCAGCAGUGAUUCUGUUAUUUACUGACAGAACACAGCUGUCAGAGGAGCGUUGUGUUGUAGUGAUGUUGGCCAUUCCCUGUGUAGUUCAUGUAUAUGUGUGUGUGCAUGCUGAGCUGUGAGUGUGUGUCGUGUGUUGUACUGUGUGUGUGUGUGAGGUGAGUGGACAGGUGAAAACGUGAGUAGAUUUAAGAUGAGAAACAGACUUGACAGAUGAAGUCAGACACUACUCUUAAAAACAUAACUGGUACAUGACUUGUGUAGCCUUCUGUCAGCUGGAGAGUCUGUUCUGAUUCGUGUGAACAUUUUGUUACUGUUUUAAUUUUAUUAUAAAUAUUAUUGUUUAUGUAUUGGCAAUGAGCUUCCUGCCAGCCACAGUGCCCACCCUCUCAGUUUCACUGCCCACUUUGCAACCACAUGGGGGCAUUGCAACAUUUCUCCACACUGUUUGAAUCAACAGAACCAGGAAUGCACUGUGAAGAACAGCACAAAGUAGAAGCAACUCUUCCAGAAUACCCCUUAGAUGUGUGUUUAUGGUGAAUAUUCAUAUCCGCAUUCUAUUCUGGGACUUGUGAUCGUAGGAAACAUGUUGUGUUGGUGUGUCUGAGGAGUAUUUUAACAUCUAGCGCCACCUUCUGGCUGACCGAGGCGGGUAAGAAUGGGACUUUCUGAGUUUUAGCUGUUCGUUCACCGAAAGAUGUAAAAGACAUGGAGAGGAAAAAGUUAUGGCUAAAAUGGCUAAAAUAAGAAAAUUUAAAUUGCAAGACUGCAUUUUUCAGUUGCACAAUUUGGUAACAGCACAGAUGGUGAAGAACAACAUCUAUAGUAAUGUUGGGAAAAGGGAAAAGAGCGCAUUAUGUGUAAAUAAUUACCAGUACCAGAAUUAGUUUAUCCAAUGGAGUAUCUUUGUGUCUGCCUUUUUGUAAAAUAAUACAUGCCCAUGGAUACAAUACAACAUGACCCUUGUGAAAGUAAAGAGGAGAGCCCCGACGCCCAGUGGACGUUAUCUCGCCUUGCAUGUUGAUGUUUUCACAGCUGGGUGUUAUAUUCCUGGACCAGUAAUACAACUGAUGGGGUGUUGGGGUCGUGGCGUUCUCUUGCGUGACUGUGGAAGGUAUUAGCCUAGAGGCCUUACAACUCGUCAUCGUGGUUCGGACCCUUUUGCUCCCCCAGCUCAGGGCCCAGGUUAGCUGUGCUGUUCGCCUUGUCUUCGUGACAGCCCUGGAUGGUUCUCGUCUGUGAGCUGGCUUAGAGGAACACAGGGGGGUUUAAAGGGGUGUUAUACUUUCAGCCAUAGAAUGCACAAUAAGCAUGCACAGCAACGUGCAGUCGCCAUCCUGCCUUGUUCCUGACAUUCAGUUUGUAUUGGUGUCAUAUACUGUGCAACACUGAAUAAAGCUUCUUUUUUUUAAACGUUCUUAUCACUGCCCAGCAGAGUCACACUGAAGCCUCCUGUCCUUCCUGUUCUUUUAUCAGUCGAUGCUGCAACGUGGGUCGACGGUGUGGUCAGUCAUCUUCCUACUGACAGUGUAAAUACCCCCCUCGUUUUUCAAAUCCACGUUCCGCUUCUGCUCAGAUAGACUGUUCGAGGACACCCUAAGCCUUGCCCCCAUCUCAUGUGUGUUAGAUCAGAUAUGUUCUUUUUAGCUUUGCUCAAAUAAAACUGGAUUGAAACUGGG